AUGCAGCUGCUUUUACCCGGAGGGGCCCCCCCUAUGGGUCUGCUGCUACGCCGUUGCUGCAGCAGCUGCAGCAACAGCAGCAACAUCAGCAGCAGCAUCAUCAUCAACACCGAUGCAGUAGAGGCAGAAGAAAUAAGUCAUCCAAAUACAUUUAACACUAAUGAGGAAUUAUACACCCAAAACCCUCAACAGCAGGGGGCUUCCUCAUUUGGAUCUCUGUGGAGUCGCUUCUUUCCUCGUUUAAAGGCAGACCCUCCUCCACGUAGCGAAGCUGCGUAUACACCCGAAAACCCUAAUCCAAGAAUAAAGGGUUUAUAUAUAUGGGGAGGAGUAGGGCAAGGAAAGACGAUGAUCUUAGAUGCUUUUUAUGAGUGUUUAUCCAUAAAAGAUAAAGUUAGGGUUCAUUUCCAUCAAUUUAUGCUUAAUGUACAUCAGGAACUCCAUCGUGUUAAGCAGCAACAGCCACCCGUUGCAGACCCUCUGAUGGAGGUAGCGAGGAAGAUAAGAUCUUCUGCUAAAGUUCUUUGCUUCGAUGAAUUCCAGGUUGUACACAUAACCGACGCCAUGAUCAUGAAACGCCUCUUCGAGGGUUUGUUCUCGUAG